UCAGCUACCACUACCUGCCACCUGACUGGCUGUUGCCUGGAUACCUGCACCCAGAAGAGGAAGUGAGAGUGACUCCGCCUGCACUGAGAGCAGAAGAGGACAAUCACUUCCUGUUUCGGCGUCACAGUCUUCUGAGACAAGAGCAGUGGGAGCUCAAGAUAAGGACAAAGAGAGAGGAGUGAGAGAAUGAGGAGGGGGAGACGUAGGCAGAGAGAGGAGGAGAGGUGGAGACAGGUGUGAACAGGACAAUGGAGGGAGUGAACGAGGUCGGGGAGGUGAAUAUGUCCCGUCUGCAGAUGGAGUGGCAGAGCGAGGACAACACUCUUCCUGGACACAAGUGUCCUGCGCUGUGUGACAGUCUUCACACCUCUGUCCACGACAAAGAAAAUAGUCCAAUGAUGAGAGCUGUGCUGUGUGCUCAGGUGUCGAAGGUGUACCGGUUCCAGACGGAGGAUCAGAGGUGGCUGCUGGUCAGGGAACAGAUGUCGGAGACGCCACUCUCUUUCUCUUUGCCCAGACAGCUACUGAGUACGCUCAUACAGGAGCACAAAGACAGGGUUCAGGAAGUGAAGGAGCUCGCUGACCUUUCACCCCACUGGGACGGCCUCCGCCAUGAUGUCAUCAACCGCUGUAGCCACCUGAUUGGUUGCUAUCAGGAAGUUCUCACUGAGCUUGAUAAACUCUCAGCCUCGUGCUGCUUCAAGGCUAGCAGCAGUAAGUCGGAGCGACACCUUCAGUUUGUUUCCACCAACCUACACUCACAGAGAAUGGAGGUCACCAGCCCAGGCAGCACAGGUGUGUGGUAUGAGGUCAUAACGUUUGGGGCUCCAGCCGAUCACCACCAGGCCUUCAAACACGGAGGACUGAAACGACUCCUCGGAAAACACGCCAACCACAGCCACAGCUCGGUGACUUACUCCCAGGAGGAGAGCUCCAGAGCCAGGGACCUUCUGUCCAGCGUGGCCCAGCUGCAGCCUCAAGUCUUCGGGUUUGCCGAGGAGCUGCUCUCCAUCUCCCUGGAGCUGAACGCCGCCCGACUCCGGCUCGUCCUCGAUAGCCUGACCCGACAGACCGAGCGGUUCGUCCACGCCCUCAAAGACGAGCUGGUCAAGAGCGCCCUGCUGGAGAUCCACCAGCAACACGUGACCGACAGCAACGGCAGCCACGUCCACAGCAACGGGUUGACCUGCGAGGGUUCGCAGCUGGACGGAGAGGCAUUGCCGUGGCAACGGGAUGGCGUCUGGCGGCGCGACACGGAGUACGACGAGGAGGAGUGGGACAUGGCCUGGGCCAACGUGGCCAAGAGCCUGAACUGUAUCGUAGCCAUGGUGGACCGGCUGCAGGGGCGGGAGGAGCAACAUCAGAAGGGGACGCCAUCGGACCAGGAGGCCACGGCCUGGCAGGAGCAGCUGCUCCCCCUGGUGGUCACUCUCAGGGAUUGUGUGCGCGAGGCCGUGGGGAAGGCCCAGGCCGCCAUGACGUUUGUAAUCCUGCAGGGGGCGCUGGCGGCAACUGUCACUCAGGGGCCUGCGUCCAUCGUCCAGAGACGUCACGCCGUCUUCAGCCAGGCGCUGUCUGCGUUGGUUUGUGGCUUCAUGCUGAAGCUGAACAGAGGUCUCGAUGAUCCUGACUUCCUGCAGCAGCUUCACACUGUCGGCAUCCUGGCUCAGUUUGAAGGCCUGCUCAGCACCUACGGUGAUGAGGUGGGGAUGCUGGAGGACAUGGAGGUGGGCGUGGCCGACCUGAGCCGAGUUGCGUUCGCCAUCACCGAGGCCAAAACGGACGAACCUCACGACCUGCUGCCGAGGCUCUGUGGAACAUGGGCUGGUUUUGUCGUCGAGGUCCCGGUGCCCCCAGAGAACUUCAGGUUGUUGCCACAAGAGCUAAAAGACGGGAGUUUGAUUCGAGUUGAACCGGUUCUGUUCAACAUUGGAAUCAAUCAGCACCAGAGUCUGGCUGAGAGGUUUGGUGACAGUUCACUGCAAGAGAGAAUGAAUGAACAGAGCUGUGUCAGACUGAAGACUUAUUGUAGCGCGCUGAGAGAGAGGCUUCCUGACAUGGCCGGAGUCCAGACGCUGCCAGAGCUGCUGUCGUCUCUGAAUCGCAGCGUGGAGUCCAGGAAGAGGAAGAACGUGGAGGUCCUGUGGAUCGCUGCGACGGUGUGUCGUCAGGUGAACGGCGUCCGGCUGACGAGCUGUAAGAGCGCAAAGGACCGGACGGCCAUGUCGGUGACGCUGGAGCAGUGUUUGUUACUUAGAGAGCGGCACGCCCUCAACCGGCAACACUUCAGCUCCGCACUGGACACCAUGAGGAGAUCUCGUCUGUCCUGGGGGCAGAUCCAGGGGUGUUACGCCCAGUCAGGGUUCACCGCCUCUGGGUUAGAUCCAGGCGAAUGUACCUUGGGUAGUCCCAGACGACACCUUUACCCGGUGGCCUUCCUCCUGGUGUCCUCUCACCUGCUGGUUCUGUGGUUCAUCCUCAGUCUGGUUGUUCUUCUGCUUAAAUACCAGUAAACGUCAUGAGCCUCAUGUUAGUCUGAGUACGGACUAGUCGUGAACUUCCUCCCAUUGGUCAAACCGAGGCUGGAGGUUAAACAAGAGCCUGGACCAGUAACACAACAGUGUGUUAACCAAUAAACAACAACAACUCCGAAUGUUUCUUGAGACAAAGAAGUGCAAUUUCUGUUUAGUUCUAAGUCUCUAAAACUGUGUGAAACUGUUGCAGUAGCAGCUACUGUUACUGGAAAAACUGCGAUUAAUGUCUUAAAUGUAAUUUUUUCACCGUGUAAAUUCAUGCUGUGGGCCAGUCUAGACCCUCUGGUUGGCUGCCCUUGGCCCACAGAGCUAAUGUUGGAGCUAACGUUUUAGCUAGCUGGGUAAUUACUUAUUACUGAUUCACAAAACUAAACUUUUACUCUGACUUCCUGUGAGAAAACUUCACAGGUCGUUGUCAAUGACAACUGUCAAUCAUCAUGAUGUCACAUUGUGUCCUUAUAGCAUCAGAUAACAAAAUAAAAUGGGCUCCUGAACAUAAAUCAGAUUCAAAGAUCCUGCGUCCUCAUAUGGGGACGUUAAGUUCUAAGUUUUGUCGCAGCUUAUUCUGCUUCAUUGAAACCUGUUAGUCGGCCGCCUAGUGGUAGAAAGGGUCACUACACUUGUCGGUGUAAAAACAUGGUUCAUUCGUUCAUUCUACAGACGAUCACAGGACAAAACCUUGUUGAAUUCUAUGGUUAUAAUUUACUUAUUUAUUCAUUCUAGUUUCAUACAAGGCACAAAUUUAACUAAUUUUAUCAAUAGCGAUGAGCUACAACGUCACUAAUCAGCAAGUACUCGUUCAAGGAUGUUUGGACUUCACUGUCUGUCUUUGCUCAGCCAUGUUCAGGUAUUAAAAUAAACAAAGUUAUAUUUUAUUACACUUUGGGUGACUUCACUAUAAUAUACAUAAUAAAAUAAUCCCAGUGUCCACAUAUGAGGACAUUGUUUUAUUUCCUGUUCAAAGAUAAUUCUUAGUUUUUAUACGUCUUAGAUCCUGUUAAUCCCAAAAACCGUGGCGAAAUUAAAAACACAUGCUAAAAACACAGGCUAAAUAUCGAUAGUAUCGAUACCAAGGCCAGUAUCGGUAGUGGAUUGAUACUAGCAUGCUGAGAUCGAUCCUCUGUUGCAGUUUGUCUUGUAUAUGUCCAGCGCAAAAUUACGAAGUUAUUCAAUCAUCGUGACAUUUCAAGAAAAAGUAUCGGUAUCGGCGAUACUAGCCCUGUAUUUACUUAGUAUUGGAUCGAUACCAAAUUUCCCAGUAUCACCCAGCUCUGUAGGCAUUAGGAGGAUGAAUUAAUGAUCUAAAAAUGUGAGGACCAAGCUCCACCCACUGACAGAGGGGGAGGAGCUUAUACCCUCUAUACUGCAGCCAGCCACCAGGGGGAGCUCUACCCGUUUAAUUAAACACCGUGUACCUAAUAAAGUGGCAGUUUAUUUUCUGAUUGUAUUCAUCAUGUAGUAGCCUCCUCCUCUCCUCCUCUCCUCCUCGUCGGCUCUUCCAGGGACGGCUGCAGGAUGGACAACGUCCAGAAGAACGUGGGCAACAGGAAGUUCGCCUUCAGCGGCGUUCAGCUCCUCACCUUCCCCAAACUGUACCGGCCUCCAGACGGCAG